GGGUCCCCGUAUGUGAAGCGCCCUCACGCCCACCCCCGUUCUCCGCCCCUCUCCCCGAUCCCCGCCUGCACCAAGCUCCGGCCGCCCGUGGCGGAAAUGGUGGAUGGAGCGUGUGAGCCGCCGCAAACUUUACAGCAGGACGCGACAAGAGCGUUAACGGCCGGCCGCCGACUCCGGCUCCCCACAAGUUCCCCGGCGGCAGGACGCCGAUUCUCUACAUGGCGGCCCAGCAGUUGCGCGGCACCGAGGUUUACUGCGACGCCAGCGGGGACUGCAACCAUGUCUCUGUCAAGAUCAAGAGCCGUAGCGGGAGUCAGCGGGAGCAGCAGGCGGCGGCCGCUGCCUCUCCGCACCAAGGCCCCGGGCCCACAAAGUACAGCAUUUCGUCUAGUUGCAGCUCGGGCGAGUCGGUGAGGCCGGCGGCCCGCUGCCCCCGCCGCCGCCGCAAGUUCCCGCAGCUCUUCGAGCGGGCGUCGGGCAAGUGGUGGGACCCCGCCUUCGACUCCCGCAAGCUGGAGGACGCAUGUCUGGAGCGCUGCUUCCCGCAGACCCAGCGCCGCUUCAGGUACGCGCUAAUCUACCUCAUGGUGGCCGCCUUGCUCUGGGCUAUCUACUUCGGCUGCGUCCUGGAGAAGGCAACCCGAGGCCUGGCCGCCGCUUUCCUGGCGCCCACACUACUCUUCAUGUUGUGUUGUGCCGGCUUGCUGGCGGUCACCUUCAGCGGCCUUUACUCGCGCCACUAUAUCCGCAUAUCACUGCUCUUCACACUACUAGUCUUCGCCCUGUCGCUCGCCACUCGCUUCCCAGGCGGGGGCUUAGGCAGUUGCGGCUGGAACGAGAACCAGACUCGGGCUCCCUGCUGGACUCACUUGUCGCCUGUGGGGAGUUUCUCCAUCUCGGUGGAAAUGUUGCUUCUGUUGUACACCGUCAUGCCGCUGCCCCUCUACCUCUGUUUUCUCUUCGGCGUCUCCUAUUCGCUGCUCUUCGAACUGUUAGGUUAUCACCUGGGCAGCGCCGAGUGGCUACGGGUCCCGGGAUCCCAGCACCUGGUGCUCGAGGCCCUGGCUAAGUUCUUCCUACACGCUUGUGUGCAUGCUGUGGGCAUCCACCUGUUCACUAUGUCGCAGGUACGCUCCCGCACCACCUUCCUCAAGGUGGGCCAGUCCAUCAUGCACGGCAAGGACCUGGAGGUGGAGAAAGCCCUGAAAGAGCGCAUGAUUCACUCGGUGAUGCCCAGGAUGGUGGCAGACGAAUUGAUGAAACAGGGGGACGACGAGAGCGAUAACUCCUUCAAACGUUACUCAACAUCCAGCCCGAAGAGUAAGAAGAAAAAGACCUCCAUCCAAAGGGCACACCUCAUCUUCAGGCCUUUCACAAUGCAACGUAUGGAGCCCGUUAGCAUACUCUUCGCCGAUAUUGUGGGUUUCACAAAGAUGAGCGCCAAUAAAUCGGCUCACCUGCUUGUCGGCCUCCUCAACGACCUGUUCGGACGUUUUGACCGCCUCUGCGAAGGCACGGGAUGCGAAAAGAUUAGUACCCUGGGAGACUGCUAUUAUUGCGUGGCCGGGUGCCCCGAACCUCGCACUGACCAUGCGUACUAUUGCAUUGAGAUGGGGUUGGGGAUGAUCCAAGCCAUCGAGCAAUUCUGCCAAGAGAAAAGGGAGAUGGUCAACAUGAGGGUCGGAGUGCACACGGGAACCGUUCUCUGUGGCAUUUUGGGAAUGAAACGCUUCAAGUUUGACGUUUGGUCUAAUGACGUGAAUUUGGCCAACCUGAUGGAACAGCUUGGGGUGGCUGGUAAGGUCCAUCUUUCAGAGAUUACAGCCAAGUACUUGGACGAACGUUAUCUGAAAGAAGAUGGAAAAGUGAUGGAAAGGGUUGGCUCCCAAAGUGUGGUGGCAGACCAACUGAAAGGAUUGCAGACUUUCCUUAUUUCUGGAAGAAAGUUGGCCCAUUCUGUGUGUACCUGCACCCAACCGCUGGUACCUUGCCUUGCCAUGGGAGACUCCAGUUCCUUUGCAGUUCCCAAUCAACUCCAAGAUAUAACAAGUGAAGUUGCUGCUGAAGGGAUGCCACCUAGCAGCAUGGUGGGCAAAGCUAAGGUACCAUCAUCAGGACGAAGUCUAAAGGCCCAAAAUGGCCUGUUGAGUCCCCCUGAGGAAGAAAAGCUAAACAACAGCCAGACAUCACUGUUUGAGAUGCUACAAAGCGAUAGGCAGCUAGAUGGACUGCUUCCACUACGCUCCAAGCAGAUCCGCGAAAAAACAGAUGCUCAGUUUGUCAGUGUCAUUAAAGAAGAUAGACUUAUGGAUGAAUACUUCUCCAAACCUCCCAUUAACAAAUUCAGCUUGAAUUUCUUGGAUUCAAGCCUGGAAAAAGCCUAUAGAGGCAGCUAUCAAGAUGAGGUUGUGAACAAUGCAUCAGAGAAGACGUUUGCCAGUGCCACUUUCAGUUCACUCCUUGAUGUCAUUCUCUCCACCAUAGUCUUCCUCUUUCUCUCCAUCACAUGUUUCAUGAAGCAGGGACUGUGUACAUCACCUUCGCAUGCCUCUGUUGUGGUUUUUGUCCUUGCGAUCCUGCUUCAAGUGCUUUCCUUGGUUAUCUCCAUCAGAAUGGCGUUUUACCUGGAUGAGCUGAUGCCAUGUACCAAAAGACCGAUGAGGGCAAUCUCAGGCUGGCUGCCUCGUCAUUUUGUUGGAGCCAUUCUCAUCUCUCUCCCUGCAGUUGCUGUGUUUUCCCAUUUCACUUGUGAAUUUAAAACCAAUGUAAAUGUUACCAUGUUCUUCUGUUGUGCAAUGAUCAUCACUUUCAUUCACUACUGUAACUUUUGUCAAUUGAGCUCCUGGAUGAGGUUUUCUUUGGCUACCAUUGUUGGUGUGUUGCUUCUAAUUCUACUCUACGUCACGCUAUGUCCUUCAAUCUCGCCUGAAGUCCAAUUUGACUCUCUUGAAUCAUUCGGAGAAGUGGGCUGCAAUGUCUCAAUGUCUACUUGGAGUUCAAAGAAUCUAGAACUGAUCCGAAAGGAAGUGAUUCUGGAUAUCGUCCUGUUGCUUUUGCUCGUCUGGUUCCUGAACCGGGAAUUUGAGGUCAGCUAUCGUCUGAAUUACCAUGGUAAUGUGGAGGCAGACCUUCAUCGCCACAAGAUACAGAGCAUGAAAGACCAGGCUGACUGGCUGCUUCAUAACAUCAUCCCUGCGCAUGUGGCUGAUCAACUCAAGGUCACUCCCCAUUACUCCAAAAACCAUGAAGAUGUGGGUGUUAUUUUUGCCAGCAUUGUUAAUUUCAGUGAGUUUUAUGAAGAGAAUUAUGAAGGGGGCAAGGAAUGCUACCGAGUGUUGAAUGAAUUGAUUGGAGAUUUUGAUGAAUUAUUGGGAAAGCCUCAAUACAACAGCAAUAUUGAAAAAAUUAAAACCAUUGGAGCUACCUACAUGGCAGCUUCUGGAUUAAAUCCAUCGCAGCGACGUGAUAGCAACCAUCCACACAGUCAUUUGCAGACUCUUUUUGAGUUUGCCAAAGAAAUGAUGAGGGUCGUGGAUGAGUUCAACAAAGAUAUGCUGUGGUUCAACUUUAAACUACGGAUUGGUUUCAACCACGGACCCCUCACUGCAGGAGUUAUCGGCACGACAAAGCUUCUGUAUGACAUAUGGGGUGACACAGUGAACAUUGCUAGUAGGAUGGACACUACAGGAGUGGAAUGUAGGAUCCAGGUGAGUGAGGAGAGUUAUCGAAUAUUAAGCGAAAUGGGCUAUGACUUUGAUUAUCGGGGGACAGUGAAUGUCAAGGGCAAAGGUCAAAUGAAGACAUACUUAUACCCUAAAAGCACAAACAGUGGGAUCAUCCCAUCGCAUCAGCAUUCGGUGUCACCAGACAUCCGAGUGCAAGUGGACGGAAGCAUUGGGCGCUCUCCCACGGAUGAACUUGCUAGCCUUGUGCCUUCUGUGCCAAUCAUGGACAAAUCUGCUCAAUGCUCGGACAACUCUGAGGAUAAAGACUUGCUUUGUGCUCUACAGAAGGUAAAGACGAAGCAGGUAGAAGAGGCAUGCAGCAAAAUGGGUGACGAGGAUCCAGAGGAGAUGGAUGAACUGACAAAACUACAAAUUUCUACUUGUCUAUGAUGCAUCUUGUCAUAUCACAAAUCAGCCUCGUCGGUAGGAACCAGUUCACGUUGGUAGUGUCUGUGCGUGAAGUGAUUAUUCCUGGUUUUUAAUAUUUUCAUUUUAUAUCCUGAUUUCUGUGUUGAUCACAGUAACGCAGGAGGCAGCUCCAUUGCUAAUGUCUAUGCUGUUUAUGGAUAUCAAGUGCCUUUUGGGGAGGGGGGGAACUGAGGCCUAUGGAAAGAGGCUGCAGAAAGCAUGACUUAGAACCCUGCACAAUGCUUUGGUUAUAAUCUUCCAGUCUCUUUCCACACAUCAACCCAUCUCCCACCCAAAUGUCUCAUUCGGUUGGCUUGGUUUGCUGCUUCAUCUUUUCAUUCCUGUAGUCAUGUCACAUUUAUUCUGAGCCUCUGGGGAAUACUAAUGAUGAAUGCCAGCAGUGCACCAAGGGAUAUGAGGCGAAAGAAUCUGGUCAUGUGAAGCAUUAACAAAUUUCAAAUCAAUCCUCACUUGCUGGUACUCCAAAGGGUCUGGAAAUUGAUAAGCUAUUUCAAACUUCGGGGCAAUGUUUUUCAUUUACCAUGCCCUCAUUGAAAACAGGCUAUUAACUAACUUUCUGAUAGUCACCCUUGUUUCCAGGGUAGGGAUAAUGCCUAAAAAGAAUUGGGUAAGUAGAAGUCUUAAGCCCCGGGUUGUUCAGAUCUGCAUGAAAAUAUGGCAGAUUAUGUUGAUAUUUAUCGUGGCACCAAAUCCAGUUUAUAAUACUAGAGGCUUGUUUUCAUUGUUUCCAAAGAAAUGUUCUCAUUAAAACACUCACAAUUCUUUAAUCCUUUAUCUGCCUUCAGUUCUGAAAAUCAGCCUUAUUUCAGGUUGGAGAUGAUAGGAGUUGCAAGUAUGAUAUGAGAUAGGACCAGUAACUGAACCAGCGGAGACUCUGUUCCCAGAUAUCUAUGGUCGUGGGUCUAUCUAUACUGUUCACCAGUUAAGCAGAUUGCUGCAGUAACAUGGCAUCUUCCAAUCUUCAGAUAAAAUUCCUGAACCAAGCAAUCUUCUAUCCCAAGCCUGUGAGGGUGAAACAUUCCCAGUAGUGCCGUUUAAUAUAAUUGAAAUUGUCUGAAAUAUUCAGCAGGUCAGGCAGCAUCUGUAGAAAAAGUAACAAUGUUUUGGCUUGAAGACCCUUCGCCACCUUGAAAUUUUAUUUUUGUUAUUUUCACAGAUGCUAACUGAAUUGACCAUUUCUAGCUGUUUUGAUUUCAAGUUGUCUGCCCUUCCGAUCUUGUAUGGGAAGCCUAUUGGUAGGGAAUUGAGGAUGGAAGUGAUAAUUUUCACAGUAAAAAUAAUGUAUUCAAAACUGGAAGGCAAAAAUUAGCAUUUAAUGCUGUGUCAAUUUUUCAUUAUUAAAUGGUAUUGAAUGGGCUUAGCAGAAAUUGAUAACACCUCCCCGUCCUAAAUUGAAAGCUAGGACUGAAUGCAAAUUUUAUGCCAUUUCAUAAGAUCUGCAAAAUUGCCUGGAUCAGAAUAGAAUCGUCAAUUCAAUCUUUCCCCAACUAUUUUUCACUGCCAGCACUUCCUCUCUCAUUCCCACCACAAUUUUGACAUGUAUUUUUUUUAAGUGCUGAUUGUGUUCUUGAGUUGUGUUUUAAAACCCAGCAAUGAAAAUGUGUGGAAUAUAUUGGGAAAUGUAAGCCCUUCCUAAUGUUAUGUUGGAGGCUCCACUUGCUGCUGAUCGUGAGAUUCCUUAUAAAUUACUGACGACGCAUUCGCAUCUUUCAAACUUUGGAGUUAAUUUAAUUUAGGUAUUCCAAUCAAAUGAAUAUUGGGUUUGUUUUAACCCCCUGCGUACUUGGCAAACUACUCAAACCGAACACUAACAUCUGUUGAAAUUUACCUUGACCUGACUCUCUCUUCCCAAAGUGGUUGAAGUGGAUAAUUAUUUCCUUACAAAAUCUAAUUAAAGCUAGUGUGUCAAGCAAUAUAAGCAAUAAUAUUAGAUAUAAGAACAACAAAAUAGCGUUGAACAUAUGAGUUGUUGAAAUGCACUGCACUCUAAAUCUACAAAUCAGAUAUGGGUUCGGUAGAGUUAUUUCAAUUUAUUCAUUGCUCGACAUAAAUAGGUCUCGUUUGGGACAAGACUGACAAAGUUUUGUACAACUUUCUAAUGCAUUCAGAAUCCAAGCUCGUUGAAGAAAUGUCUGAAACUGCUCUAAGAACAAGGUGUUCACUGGGGCAGCUUUGGUGUUUAACCAGUAUCAAGAGAAAUGUGUUCUGCAACUGCACAACAAUAAAUUCAUACAGUUGAAAUAAGUUAUGUAUACUUUACUUUAAUGCCUCAUCAGCAAGAGGUGUACACAAGAUAAAUCUUAAUCAAAUUGGACACUAAAAUGAUAGGAUGAGAGAUGUAUUGACAUCUCCUUUUAACAGAAGGAUUGUUUUGUCUCUAAUCAAAUGAAAUAUUUUUAAAUUCACUCACACCAAGCAGCUUUAGCUCCAUUCAACAGGCUGGUAUUUUGCAACCAAUCAUCUAUAGCUCUACUAUCACUAAGGCAACUUCUCUGCACAUAAAUCUUCAGAUUUAAUAAAGUAUAUUAUUUCAGUGCAUCCUUGCUGAUGUAUAUGCAUUAAAAUAAAAUUAUAAGCAGAUUAAGUGUUCCUAAUUUAUUUGCAACUAAAUGGCUGCUAUAUAAUUUGAUUCCUCUCGUAAUAUUCAAUGGAGGAAUUUAAAUUUGUAUGAAAGCACUUGAGUACUUCUGCUGCAAACAAAAUUCUUGAGGCUGGAGGCAAGUAUUCGCCUGUAAGCCCAAGAAAGGAGCCUGUGACCUGGCCCUGUGUAGUGUAGGAUCUUCAAGCUGUAAGUUGAGUGAGCUUUGUCAUUGUACUCAAAGUUGAAAGAUUAUUUUCAAAUGAUACUAGGAUAGUGUCCGUUACUGCCAAUUGUCCACUAUAACCGAGUACGGUAUUAUUGUAUGUAAUUGAAACAAAACUGCAGAUGGUUAAUACACAAAAGAGACAGUGCUGGAGUAACUCAGCGGGUCAGGCAGCACCUCUGGAGAACGUGGAGGGGUGACGCCGGGACCUUUCUUCAGACUGAUUCAGUCUACUAAGUUACUUCAGCACGUUGUGUCGUAUCGUCUUAAAACCAGGCGACGAUGCCGCUGGUCUCCCCCCGCGAGCCCUUCCCCAGUUACCGCACAGUCCGAUUGAUGCGGCUCACAUUAUAGCCCCCUCCACCCUCCCGUCGUUUUGACCAGUCUGUCACUCCCUUCUCCACCACCUCCUUCUCCCCCACAGGUGCUGACAUCGUCCAAGGCAACGUACGUAACCGACCCCGGGUGAUAGAUGGGGGAGAGGAUGAUUGGAAAGUGACGGGAGGAUGACACGGCAGCGGUGGAGCGGGGAGCAGACUAAGCGACUGCCAUCUGGAAGAAGCAGCCGCUGGUGAGGGGAGGGAACCCCACAGUGACCGAAUGCGGCCUGUCGGUGGUGGUGAUCUGAAGAAAGCCAUGUCCCCAGGGGCUACAACAUGAGCCAUGUCAAUCAGACCUUACAGGUCAGAUCAAGGGCUUGCUCGUACACCUUGCAAGCCAGUGCUGGUGACGGAAGCCAGGGCUGUAAGUGGCUGGGGAGACGGUGAGAGCUGGGAAUGGCAUCGGCCGGUCCAUCCACUUUAACCAAAAUCCGUUAUAAAAGGGUCCGUUAAAACGAGGGUUUACUGUACUUUAAAAUUGCUCUCACUUUAAAGACUGAUUAUUUCAAAUUAGAAAACAAGAUCAUGGUUAAAAACACACUUUCCAUCGCUAAACGGUAAAAACACCCCCAUGGCCCCACUGCUAAGGUUAGUUUUCUGAUAUUUUUUAAGUACUAUAGUGUUUCUUAAAUGGAGUUUGUUUAAAUUAUUUCUAAUGACUGCAGCUACAAAGUCAGCUGCACCAAAGUAAAUUCUGCAGCACAGUUGAAUAGGAGUUGGCCAAGCUCAACAAUUUCCUCUGAACAUCGUGAUAUGAUGAUCUUACAGGAAUAGAAAGGGUGGGGUGGGUGGGGGGAGGGUACUGUUGUGGUCCUGUCUUGGGUCAUCGGUUCUGUCUUGGAGUCACCUAAGCAUUUUGUAUUUGCUUUCGAGGCCAAUUUUAUAUUGGAUCUCUAUAAUAUACAGAUGAUGAGUAUUUAUCUUGAAACUACUGCAAAUUCAUCAGAUGUUUUAAAAGUCUCUCACAGUGGAACCUUUCUAAAAUAAAGUGACUGACUUAAUUUAGGGAGCUGCUGUUCCACUUUUGUUCCCAAUUCUCCAGAACCACUGACUGUUUGCCCAAUGGAGAGAAUUGGCCAUCAUGGUGGGAAGACCUGUUGCCAUGUGCUGACAUGCCCUGUCCCCUCCAUAGCCACAUGAUUGACAGCAGAGUUGGGGUGGGUGGGUUGGUGAUGGGUGAUCCGGUCUUGGGGCUGUUAUGUAUGCAGUCCUAUGGGCACUCAUUAAUUAUCCCUAUUGUACUAGGAGUUGUUGGUUUUACUUCUACCCCGCAAAACAUGUUUAUUGAACCACACUUGUCCACUUUGGUCACACACUGCCUCAAGAAAGACAUCACUAAGAAACCUUGUUUAUGAAAAUACAUAGCCAUGACUGAUCCUAAGACGGGUCUGGGAGCACCAGACCAGUUGAAGCACAGUUGCUGUGACCCAUUAGCUGCUGCUGAAUAUAGUCUCAAUAAAUGGCAGUAAUGAAGGAGCAGAUCUCUGAACAACACUACAUUGUAACUGAGUUUGGUCUGAAGGGAUUGUGGGUCUCACACUCGUGGAAUGGUGAAUACUGCUCUGCAGUUGGUCUGAUUGUAAAUACAAUGCCUAUGCUUUGACAGACAAUGUAUGUGAAAUAUUAAGCUAUAUGUAUAUAGAUAAACAAUAUAUCUGAAUUAUUACUACCAAUCUGUAAUCAAUUGUAUAUUAAAUUCAAUUUACUGCGAAUAACAAUGACUUCACUGUAAAUGUUCACCGUACAUCUGCCAAUUGGAAUACAGUAUUCAUAAUAAAGUUUUACAUGAAUGGUGCUGUGAGGCAGCAAUGCUUAACCAUGAAUAGCUGGACCUUGCAUGCAGGAUGAUA